AAUAUUUGACACGCUGACUAUGAGCAAACCCGAGGGUGUGACCCCAUGCGUUGCCAAAACAGGUUUUUGCAAUAUUUGCUGCAGAUCAGAGGACACUUCUAUCACCAAGCACCAUAAGUCGUGUCAUAGAACUGUUGCUAAUUGUUUGUUUGUUUUUUUUAACGUCGUUGGAGAAGAAGAGGGGUUAAAACAUUAAAAGAGCGUGAACAAUAUUUUGUUUGGAUUUACCAGGCCGAAUUGAAUGCAAUUUGAGUAUAGUCAUUUUUUUUUCAUUUUCAUUUUACUUGGUAGUCUCAUAGUUUCAUUAGUCAGGAGGACACGGUUAGCCAAGUAUGACAAGCCAAAGCCGAAUUUUGAUAAAAGGAGGCAAAGUUGUAAAUGAGGAUUACUCUGAGAUUGCUGACGUUUAUAUUGAAAAUGGGGUUAUACAUGCAGUGGAGCCAGAUCUAAAAGUUCCGGCUGGGACGCGAGUCGUCGAUGCCAAGGGCAAACUACUGAUGCCCGGAGGAAUCGACACGCAUACACAUAUGGAAUUGGCAUUUAUGGGCACCGUGGCGGCAGACGACUUCUACACUGGUACAAAGGCUGCAUUAGCUGGCGGGACCACCAUGAUCCUGGACUUCUCCAUCCCACAGAAGGGGGCUUCUCUCCUGGAGGCAUACGAGAGAUGGAGGAGCAUAGCCGACCCCAAAGUCUGCUGCGACUACUCCCUUCAUGUGGCCGUCACCUGGUGGAGCGAUUGGGUGAAGCAAGAGAUGGAGACUCUGGUUGAAGAGAAAGGAGUGAACUCUUUCAAGAUGUUCAUGGCUUAUAAAGACGUCUUCAUGCUGAGUGACCAGGAACUCCAUGCUGCAUUCUCCCAGUGUAAGGACAUCGGCGCGAUUGCUCAGGUGCACGCAGAAAAUGGAGACCUUAUUGUUGAGGGUGCCAAGCGGAUGCUGAAACUGGGCAUCACGGGGCCCGAGGGACAUGAGAUGUGUCGACCUGAGGAGGUGGAGGCCGAGGCGACACAGCGCGCCAUCACCAUCGCCCACGCCGUCAACUGCCCACUCUAUGUCGUUCACGUCAUGAGCAAGUCAGCCGCCAGGGUUGUGGGAAACGCCCGGAGAAACGGGUGUGUUGUGUUCGGGGAGCCCAUAGCAGCCGGCCUGGGCACUGAUGGCACUCAUUAUUGGCACAAGGACUGGGCCCAUGCAGCGGGUUUUGUCAUGGGCCCACCACUGAGACCAGAUCCCAGCACUCCUGGCUACCUGAUGGACCUUCUCGCUAAUGAUGAUCUGACUGUGAGCGGCACAGACCACUGCACGUUUUCGGUGUGUCAGAAAGCUCUGGGCAAGGACGACUUCACCAAAAUCCCCAACGGGGUGAAUGGGGUGGAGGACCGGAUGUCUGUCAUAUGGGAGAAGGGUGUGCACAGUGGUAAAAUGGACGAAAAUCGAUUUGUAGCCGUCACCAGCAGCAACGCGGCAAAAAUCUUCAACCUUUAUCCCCAGAAAGGGAGGAUUGCCAAGGGCUCUGAUGCAGACCUGGUCGUUUGGGAUCCCAAAGCCACGAGGUUGAUUUCGGCAAAGACCCACCACCAGGCUGUGGACUACAACAUCUUCGAGGGUAUGGUGUGCCACGGGGUUCCACUGCUGACCAUCUCCAGAGGGAUGGUGGUGUAUGAAGGGGGCCGCGUGAUGGCCCAGCCAGGUCAGGGCCGGUUUAUACCACGCAAGCCCUACGCUGACAUGGUGUAUAAGAGGAUCAGGCAGAGGGAGGAGGUGAGGAAGCCUAGCGCAGUGGCGAGGAAUCCCUACGAUGGUGAGAUCAUAUCUUUGGCAUAAAAUGGAUUUUAAAUUAGAGGGAAGAGCAUGGAAUUCUUUAGGCUUAGGAAGAGCAAUCUGAGCAUGGAAAUCUGCAGAUUAACCAGCCAUCAUAGUUUACCAGUCAGCCCAAUCUUAUGUUUUGCUGGGUGAGAAUUCACUUUCAGAUUUUAAGUGGUGUUAAGGUACACUUCAGCCUUCAAACUGUUCUUUUGUGUGCACAUUGAGCACAAAUCCUAUCAAAUGCACAUUUUAGAUGGGUCAAGGACAGAUUUUGCAGUACAGAAUGUAUGAGAAUAUUUUGAAAAUGAACACUCUUUAAAUAACUCAUAGACCUGAUUACACAGACCAUAACUGAACUUUGCCAGUGUAUUUCUAAUAAAAAUUGUAUAUCAGUUUCA